CUUUUUGUCUAAAGAUGUCAUUGAUGUUAAAGGGUCUUCCUGGAAACACAGAUGCCAAUACAUCUUCUAAAUAAUUUUACUUUUAAGAGUGUACUUUUGAAUAAUUAAAUGAACAACAUUUCUUUGAAUAUUUUAGCUGCGUCAUUUGAAACUGUUUAAUAUUUGUUUUAGUAUUUUUAGAGCAAAUUAACCAUUAUUAUUAGCAUAUAAAUGCAUUUUUCUCUGUCAAUUAAAGAAUUUGUCAUAAACUAACAUUUAUUUUGUAGGAAUGAUGAAAACAUUAUGAUUUUUCAUAACCAUAUGUGAAAUAUCAAACCAGUGUUCAUUUGAGCGUUAGGAAGAAGUGAUUGGCUGAGCUCUGAUCCUCCCUCUUUCAGAGUUUCUCUUCUCUAUAUAAGUAUCUUACUCUCUCUUAUUCUCUUCAUCUCUCCUCUAAACUCAAUCUGCUCAUCACAGUCGAGAUGCUGAUCAUAUGCUACUGUCUUAUUCUCUCUCUUCUGUCAUCUGUCAGAUGUGUGAAGCUGAUCACACAGAAACCUCUGAUACUGACAGAAGAAAAAGGCAGAUCUGUGACUAUGUACUGUAACAUUAAAAAGGAUGAAGAUUUUGUCUACUGGUAUAAACAGAUACCAAACACAGUUCCUCAGUAUGUGCUGAGAUACCGUCACUCUAGCAGCUCCCCUGAUGAAUAUGGAGAUGGUUUUUCCUCCAGCCGCUUCACAUCUAAAGCUACGUCAAAUAUUGACUAUCAGCUGAUCAUCAGUAAUGUGGAUGUGACUGAUUCUGCAGUGUAUUACUGUAACACAUGGGACAGCUCUGUUAAAGAGGUGGUAUUCGGACAAGGAACAAAACUCAUUGUGAAUGAUGCUGCUGCUGCUGCUCCUGUGCUGAACAUCCUCCGUCCGUCCAGAGAAGAGCUGAGCUCCAGUAAACUCACUCUGGUGUGUCUGAUCAAUCACAUGUCUGGGGCUUUUGCUGAUGUGCGCUGGCUUGUGAACGGGAACUCAGUUACUGAAGGCGUCUUCACUGGAUCUGCUGAACAGCAGCCUGAUAAGAAGUUCAAGAUCAGCAGUUAUUUAAGCAUCGAGAGCACAGAGUGGGACAAAGACACACCGCUAACAUGUGAAGCGACUGCUGCCUCAAAAACCACCAGCAAAAGCAUCAAGAAAUCUGACUGCAGCGACUGAACUGUGUGAUGUCCUCUUGAUUUAUGUCAGAGUCAUUCAGUUUGCUUGUGUAGAGUAGAAGAAAACAUGGAUAGAUACUAGUACAAAAUAAAAAGUAUUAGUUGCUUCAUUUUCUGAAUUAAAUUUAUUUUUCAUUUAAAUGUUCAUUAUUGUGCUUUAUAAAGUCUAAUAAACUGCAUGUUAAUCAAA